AUGCACAUUGCCUUUCUGAGCAACCCGGCCUCGGGCGAGCUCAACGUCCAGCUCACCACGGCGGAGCAGCUCGUCGCCCAGGGACACACCGUGACAUUUCUCUCUGCAGAGUCUGGCCGAGUCAAGAUUGACCGGUUUAGAGACGCGCGGCCGCCUUGCGCCCAAGCACGGAUUCGCUUCAUCAGUUUGGGUAGCGGUCACACUGUGAACGAUGUCACACCUUUCAUCCAAGAACGCAUGCAUCUCAUGCGGAGAGUCCCUGGCGACCCCGUCAGUCUGCAGACAUGCAUUGAGUGCGCGCUAGGUCCAGCGGAGGAGCACGCGUCCACCGCAAUCAAGGUGCGCAAGCACCUGGAUGCGCUUGAGCCUGAUAUGACCGCGCAGGCCAAGAUGACGCUAACAGAAGCAGACCUUUACCUCUCCCUCAGCGAAUCUAUCCACAGCCGCAUCCAUCGAGACCGACGCGACAAGCACAAAAUCAUCAAGCGUCUAGGGCUGAAGUCGUACGGUGCUACCCGCGACUCAGCGCACUUCCCGCCACACUGGGAGGACGACAAAUGCGUAGCGGGUAUCCACUUCAACACUCCCGGCAUGAUCGACUGCCCUAAACAGUCGUCCAAAUUUGUUUUCGUAGGUGCUGGUGUAUCUAAAGAGCCAGAGCUACUGACAGCGACGUUCCCUGAACUGGAGUGGAUGGACGACGCUGCCCUCCACGGCCACGACGUUGUCUACAUUAACAUGGGCUCCAUGUUCGUCUGGGAGAGCGACGAAUUUAGGGCAUGUAUUAAGGGAUUCGAAGCUGCGCACCGAAACAUGGGGGGCCGAGUACGGUUCCUGAUCAAGAUCAACGGGUGUCCUCGCAGUCGCCACACUCCCCGCCACUCCACCACAAUAACCACGGGUUUGAGCCCCGAUCAAAAAGAGGUCAAGUUGGAAGACGAAUUGCCACCGUAUAUCCGAUUGACCUCAUGGAUUCAGCACCAACAGUCUAUCUAUACACACCGCGCCCUCAAGGCCUUUGUCCACCAUGGAGGCGGCAACUCGUUCAACGAAGCUGUGCAUUUCGCCAUUCCACAGCUGGUACUUUCGCAAUGGCUCGACACGCAUGAGUACGGAUUAUAUGCUGAAAAAUUCGGGCUUGGCUUGCGCAGCAGGAACCCGCCGCGCAUCGAGGCCGAUGAUAUCCGCCUCAAGAUUGAGACGUUACUCGGGCCAAAGUGGGAUGAAUAUAAGAGCAACUGUAGGGCCUGGGCAUUCCGGAGUCAGAUUGCCGGUGGACCAGCAGCGGCAGCAAAGAUUGUCCUGUUUCAUGCUGAGAAUGAACAGAAGAUUCCAACCAAGAGGGUGUCGAAUGCGACUGACUCUGGGAUGGAGAUGGAGUUGACGCCCCCUCUGUCACCCGUCUUGGGAGAGAAGAAUGGUACGGGCUCAGGGGCAGUCAAGGAGAUUGUGAUAUGA